UAUAACGUCAAGAUGACCUGCUCUGGCUGCUCCGGUGCCGUCAACAGAGUCUUGACCAAGACGGAGGGAGUCAAGAAGAUCGAUAUUUCUUUGGAAACCCAGUUGGUAAACGUCACCACCGAUGAAUCCUUGACUUAUGAUGCUGUCUUGGAAAAGAUUGCCAAGACUGGCAAAAAGGUUCUUGGCGGCAAGACCAUCGCCUAAGGGGUCGUCUUAUCUUUGAUCCUGAUAAGACAAGAGUUGGUAGCGUAGAUAGCUGUUAUAAGGGUUAUCGUUGGCAAUUUACGUGCUUUAUGAAACAAUUAGGAUGUAGACUAAGGAGUUGAUUAUUUGGGGAUAUACACU